AUGUGUCUCUGCCCUUGUUCUUCUUUCCCAGGAAAGAUUUGGUUAACUCUAACCAUCCUGCUGAGACUACUGGUGAUCUUCUUCGCAGCGUACCCUCUCUACCAAGAUGAGCAGCAGCGCUUCAUCUGCAACACCUUGCAACCGGGAUGCGCCAACGCCUGCUAUGACAUGUUUGCACCCAUAUCCCACUUCCGGUUCUGGCUCAUCCAGACUGCCUCCGUCCUGCUCCCUUACUCCCUGUUUUGUGUCUACGUGUUUCACAGUGUGGCCAGGCAGCUUGUGAAGGCCCGUUCCCUGCCUUAUCGCCAGUAUAAAGAGAUCAAAGCCACAUCGGGCCACAAAAUUUCAAAGAAGUCUUCCAAAGGGGCGGCAGGCAGCAGAAUCCCCUGUGAGGCAAACAAAAUGGAUAUUCCAGAUUUUUCCAAAGCGUAUAUCGUCCAGCUUCUUCUGAGAAUGCUGGUUGAGGCCUGUUUUGGGUCGGGCCAUUACUAUCUUUUUGGAUUCUUUGUUCCCAGACGUUUCGCCUGUUACCAGUUUCCUUGUGCGAGCUACGUCGAGUGUUUUGUUUCCAGGCCCACCGAGAAAUCCAUCAUGAUGUUCUUCAUCUGGGGUCUCAGCGGCUUCUCCUUCCUCCUCAGCCUCAUUGAC